UGUACCGAGGCAGAGGCAGCGGGAUCCGGUCACCAUCAGAUGUGCGAGGUGGCAAUUUAUAUUCUAGUCUGGUAACCGAACAGACCAAUAGGGACAUCGUUGACAUUAUUCCAUGGCAAAGCGAAGGAAACACAGCUCGUUUGGUGACGUGAAACGAGGAAUGUAAGCACUGACGGUUAAAACAGCAAAACGCGACUGACUCCGAUCGCACUACUGCUUUUCCAUCUCCACCAUUUUGGUUGUCAGUGAUGGAGCACAUCCGGACGCCCAAGGUGGAGAAUGUGCAUCUCAUGGACCGACCGUCAGGCCAGAGAAAGGCCAGCGUCGGGACUCUUUACCUUUCUGCCACACACACCAUCUUUGUAGAGAACAACCCUGAGACACGCAAAGAGACCUGGGUGUUGCACAGCAUGGUGAGCAGUGUGGAGAGGCUGCCCACCAUCCCUGCAGGAAGUCAGCUGAUCCUACGUUGCAAGGACUUCCAGGUCUUCAGGAUCCUCAUCCCACAAGAGAGAGAUGGUUUGGAUGUCCAUGCCUCAUUGGUCAGGUUGUCACGACCAGAGAAGUACAAUGAGCUGUACUGCCUGUCCUUCAAUCCCAAUGUGAACAAAGAGGAGAGAGAAGAGUCCUGGAGUUUCGUAGAUCUUGUGGCCGACUACAAGCGGAUGGGAGUUCCUAAUAAUCUGUGGGUCACCACAGCAGCCAACAGUGAAUACAGGGUCUGUGAUACAUAUCCCUCAGAGCUGUUUGUUCCAAAGUCGGCAACACCCGCCAUCAUUGUGGGUAGCUCAAGGUUCAGAAGUCGAGGACGAUUUCCUUCUCUGUCCUACUUCCACCAGGACACACUGGCAGCAGUGUGCCGGUGCAGUCAACCACUGUCAGGCUUCAGUGGACGUUGUCAGGAAGAUGAGAUGAUGCUUCAGGCUGUGAUGAAGUCCAACCCUGGUAGUGACUACAUCUAUGUGGUGGAUACAAGGCCCAAGCUUAAUGCCAUGGCAAAUAGAGCAGCAGGUAAAGGCUAUGAGAACGAGGACCACUACACCAACAUCAAGCUGCAGUUCGUCGGCAUUGAAAACAUUCACGUGAUGAGGAGUAGCCAGCAGAAAAUCAUUGACGUGGGUGAAAUGCGAUCUCCAUCAAUGACUGACUUCCUGUGGGGUUUGGAGAACUCGGGUUGGCUCAAACACAUUAAAGCCAUACUGGAUGCAGGAGUCUUCAUUGCCAGGGCGGUAGCUGAUGAAGGAGUCAGUGUAUUGGUCCACUGUUCAGAUGGCUGGGACAGGACAGCCCAGGCCUGCUCUGUAGCAAGUAUACUGCUGGAUCCCUACUACAGAACCAUCAAAGGGCUCAUGGUGCUGAUAGAGAGAGACUGGGUUUCCUUUGGACAUAAGUUCUCCCACAGGUACGCCCACCUGGAUGGAGAUCCCAAAGAGGUAUCCCCUGUCAUUGACCAGUUCCUGGAGUGUGUGUGGCAGCUGUCAGAACAGUUCCCAUGUGCCUUUGAGUUCAACGAACACUUCCUCAUUGCCAUACACUCACAUGUGUACUCCUGUCAGUACGGGACCUUCCUGGGUAACUGCCAGAGGGAGCGCAGGGAUAUGAGGCUUCGUGAGCGGAGUCACUCUAUGUGGCCUCACCUGUGGAAGGACAGAGGCGAGUACACCAACCCCCUGUACAAGGCAGAUCUGAGUCAAAGUCAGGGUGUACUGAGACCCAACACCACACCCUACUGCUUCAAAAUGUGGAAAGGUCUCUAUAACUACGGGGAGAAAUCAAUGCCUCCUCGCCAGUCACCUGCUGACUUUCUGUCUGCCAUGAGGGAGGAGUCCCAGCAGCUAGAGGAGGAACUGACAAAUCACCAGGAGGUACCGCCAGGAGGAACCGUCCACCACCACCAUCCGGGCGUCAGACAAGAGGAUAGCAGCCCUGAAAGGGAAACCAAUCGUGUGGGAGAAGAUUGAGGUUCCAAGGAGGGUUACAAGCCGCCUUUGGCAGAGACACUGUGGCUCGGACCCACCCACUACUUAAACAGACCCAAUCACCAGCCCUACACAAGACAAAGGCCACACAGUCACCUCUUAGUCAGCCGAUCAGAAGCCUCAGAACCAGCACACUGCAAUGGCCCUGUUGAUAAAGCCACUCUCACAGCUCAAGUGUCACGACCCUGAUGACCUCUUCACCAGCAGCUGCUUGGAGUCAGGGGGGCUGACCUCAGCAACCGCUUAUCCGGUAGUGGGGACUACGGCAAUGACUAAGUCCUGGAAUGAGGAUGUCCGCACUGCUGCCUGACUAGAAAAAAGUGAGCCCAGUCACCUGGCUGGAAGGUGAAAAAGGAAGUCUUACAAAUAUAUUAAUUCACACACUGGAAGGGAGGUGGAGGGAAGGAAGACUGUGAUGAGUUAAAGCUGUUUAACAGGUUUCUUUUUAAGCAGGUGGACCCUGUCCUUGUUUUUUAUAACUGUAGCAUGUCCCAUUCCUUCUUGGUCUAAAGGGAGUCUCAGUGAAUUAAGGUGAAACCUCACUAUCUGUUUAUCAGUCUGUCUUUUUGUUGAAGGCGUGGGGAGACACUAGUUGGUGUUUUUAUGUUUUAGCUGGCCUCAUUUGUGUUUACUUUUGAGAGAUUAGCAAAUGUUACAUGAAACUAGUUUGGGAUGAUGUAGGACACAUACUCGCUGUGAGGGGAGACUCUAAUGAAACACAAGAGUAGGACAAACACACCCACACACUCAAAGCUGAACCUGUUCAUAGUGUCAACAUUUGCACUGCAUCAAAAACUUAAUUUUCAUCAUGAUUGAAGAUUUGCAUUAUUAAUCUGAAUGACUCUUCAAUGUGACACAACAUUCAUCAUAAUCCAAGUUUGUCCCUUUAUAGUGUGUGUUUGUGUCAGGCCAAUGGACAUAUUUUGACUUUACACACAGACAUACAUACACAGUACCUGUCAGUAGUAUCAUAUCUUGACACAAUGGAACAAUUCCAGUCUGGACCAUGUCAGACGUAAGGGGCUGCAAGUUCAGAACAUACAGUAUAUGUAUGUUUAACAAAAUGUAGUCACACAGUUCACAAUGAAAGCAGGCAAGCAAAUCUUUAUUUAUAUAUCACAUUUCACUCCAGGUAGAUGCACAAUGUGCAGCACAGAUUGACAGCUACCACAGAAGUAGCAGUCCCUAUACCAUGUGGAUAAAGAGCAAGACAUAAAAUGAUAGGUGGAUUGGGAUAAAAAUGUAGUAAAAUAAAAACAAUUUCAAUAAGUUUAAUAAUACAAAUAUAGCCUCAAGCGGCAAUCAGCGGGUUCAAGCCUUAAUUCACUCAAUAGGAGGAAGUGUUUCAAAAGGAAGGAAGUGGCUCAAUAAGAGGAUACAGCUUAAUAGGAGGAAGCACCUUGAUAAGAGGAAGUAGCUCAAAAGGAAGAAGCGGCUCAAUAGGAGAAAGCAGCUCAAUAGGAAGAAAUAGCUUGAUAAGAGGAAGCAGCUCAAUAAGAGGAAGCAGCUCAAUAGGAAGAAGCAGUAGCUCAAUAAGAGGAAGCAGCAGCUCAAUAAGAGGAAUAAGCAGCUCAAUAAGAGGAAGCAGCUCAAUAGGAACAGGUGGCUCAAUAACAGGAAGCAGCUCAAUAGGAAAGUUUUUGGUGCUCCCUAUGGGUGAAAUUCAAAAUGCUUAAGCACCCCUCUUUUCCAAUACGAUAUAAACAUAUUGAAUUAGUUUCACGAUGAUUGGCCCAAUAUUCUAAAAGUUAUGGUAAUUUUCCCUUUAAGCCCCGCCCGUGGCAAAAUUUUAUGGUUAACAGCCAUGAUUUUUUAGCAAGGAAUGUAUAUCUCAGUCUCAAUAUGCUAUUUAUUGAAUUUCGUGCUGAUGGGUUGAAAAACAAAGCAUUUGUGACAACUGUUUUCACAUUUAUGCAAAUUGGCAAAAAUCAAUCAUGACAGACACUUCUGAUCCAAGAGACUUUAUAGUAGAACACAUUAAGCUGGACUUGUGUGGGAAAUUUCAAGUCAAUCGAACAAACUGUGUGAGGGGCUUGGCCUGUCAAAUCUAAUAGUGCCACCAUUCAAUAAAUCUUUUUAUGUAUAGCACCAAAUCAUAAUAUACAUUAUCUCAGGGCACUCUACAUAGAAGGUCAAGACUUUUUUUUAGAGAAACCCAACAGUUCUCACAAUAGCCCCUUCAUAUGUACCACCAAUUCAAGAUCAUGAGCACUGAUUGGUUUAGGGGGUUUAUCCUCUGAAUUUAAGAUAAUCCUUUAUUAGUUCCACAUGGAGGAACAUUUUUACUUGCAUACAUGUUAUUCCUACAGUCAAAUAUUUUUUGACUGUAAUGUUAGACUUUUCAAAUGUGUAUGUUGAUCAGUCCUACGUCAGGCCUGCCACAACCCCUCCUCCUUUGUGCUGAACAGAAAGCAAGUUAGAGAGUGACUGCUUAGGAAAACUUAAAACUUGGUAACUUAAAACUGUAUCACUCCAUGAAACAAUCCUCUGCCACUCAGCGUCAAUAUGCGGAUUAUGAAAAAUAAAAUUAAAUAUGUGAGCUCAGUCCAAAGUAGAGCGAUAAUCAGCAUUAAACUAUAACAUGUGGACUCUCCAGAGAGACUUUUAUAAAAUACUUAGUUGUUCUUCCUGCUGUGAUGAAGAUAAAUAAAAGAUCAAAUAAAUUAAAAAUUAUUUGUUGGACCAGUGUGAACGAUCAGUCAGUUCUAGGGACAUGACUUCACCAGAACAAAAUGUGAACAAACACAUCCAGGACAAAGGCUGGAUUGCAGUAUUUGUGCAAUAUAUAUUAUGUUAAAGCCAUUUUUGUUUGUUUCCAUGUACUUUAUAACAUUUUACAAUAACCUACCCUCACUUGAAUUCCUCAAACAAGAAUUUGUCAAUCAUAAACUCCUGUUUAGUCAGAUAAGUGAAGUUUCAGAUUUUAUGUGAGAACUCUGUUCAGACCUGGUAUUAACAAGCACAUUGGUUACUCUGUGUUCAGCAAGUGUGUUCACAGCUCCAGGCAAAAAACAUAUUGCUCAAGAUGUUUGGCACUCCAUUUCUUCACCUUUAUUUGUUUGAGAAGGAACACACACACGUCUUACAUAGAGGAUGUCAGGUGAAUUGGUGGUCCGUUAGUGUGGCCCAGGUCACAUUCACAGUUAAAAGAAUGUGGCCUCAUGCAUCCCAGACCACCUCUGAAUGUAGUCUGAGCCAUCAACCCAACAUAUUCAUGUUUAUGCCAGGUGUGAUAAGAGCACUAGAGCUUACCUUUUUGAGCACAUUGUCAUGUCACUGUAUUUAAUGCCUGACAAUGAAACCCUACUGUGGCUCCAUGUAAUGCUUUAAUGACGGUGGCUGGGUGGUAAAGAAUGCACUGGUUCUAUUUUGAACAGGCUCUUACUAAGGAGUGCAUCUUAAGGCUUUUGUGACAGUUGAGCAUUGAGGGUCACCUGUGGUACUGAAGAAAGACGGUGAUUCAUUAUUUUAGCACAGGUAUUGGUAUGUAGUCCAAUUUGUGAGUAUGACCUUUAAGAAUAAAGUCAUGGAGAUCACCUACACACUGGGCAGAGGACAAACAUCUUUAGUGGAUUCAGAGCUGUGGAGCAGUGGUGAUUACAGCUGAAUUGAAUUGGAAAAUACUAAAUCUUCCUGGGCUCCUGUAGGAGCUGACGCAGUGGUGUAACCAUGACGUGAUGAGAAACAUCACAGUGCUACUGUGUGUGACCACAAUGACUGAAUCUAAUGAGCUGCAGGUCUGUGGAACAUUUGACUGUAGCCUGUGGUGUGUAUGUAUGCGUGAGUGUGUAGUCUGUAUUCACUGAUGUAAAAGAGCUAUUAAUAAAAUCACAGUUAAAGGGAAAUAAACUGCAACAUUCCGGGUCUGACAUGUUUGAAGUGUCAAACGUGUCGGGAGUACAUAGAAAACUUUACAGCAGGCUCCCACAGCAAACCCUUACAGGGCACACUGACACGCUCAACACUGCUGUUUUGUUCCUGGUCCAUGACUGCCAAAUAGAGUGGCACUGAAAAGAGUGGCUCCACGGUCUCCUUAUAUUCAAUCAAACGGACCCAAAUUACAUACACUGAAAGAUAUGUUGGGACCUACUAUUGGUAGCCCUAUGUAACAUAGAGCUAGUACCUGGUUACUGCCAAGUAUCACAGCCUAAAUUAGAAAAGAGUGCCCCCAACUGUCACUGCCCUGCAAACAAGUUAGCGUACCUGAAAAAAACAGAUUCACCCACCAAAUUUUUGGUAAGGCUGGUGUACAAACUACACUACAAGGUGUCCAACGGUGCAACACCAUAGCCAACCACAUUUCUUUGUUGUAUUAUACAACUUGUUAAUUGAACAGUUUAUUUCUUCCAUAGUGCAGAGCCUGACCUCUGGCUAUCCUGAAUUCAUCAGCAGGUGGAACUGAAUCGCUACUUAACAACAGGUGUGAUGCACACACCAUCCAAAAGUCCAUUGAGACGUAAGCUUUUGAAUUUCCACAGGAAAACAACCCU